AUGACCCAUUUCACCAUUUUUCUUCAUCCCAACAACUUUUACCCAGUAAAACACAUCGAAAACCCCAAACAGCAACAACACUACUCAAAAGUUUUGAAAUGUGGAUGGAGGACGGAACACUCUGAAAUCGAUUUCACUGCUGAUGCUGCUUCCAAUGUCGAAGGACCACAAAACGGUUUUGAGGAUCUUUCUCCACCGUCAGAUUUCAAUCAUACGGUUAACGAAGAUGAUGGUUCACUUGCUAUAGAGCUUCAUGAGAAGUUGGAUUUGAAGGAUGAAACAAAAAAGGUGAGGUUGUCGCGGAAAUUUUAUGAGGACGAAGAUGUUAUGUUGUGCUUUAUUUUAUUUUUGAUAUGA